AGGCGGGAAAGGCUAUGGAAUUAUCUUCGACGCGGAGUCUGUGGCGCGCUAUCUAAGAAACAGAAAGCAAGCCACUCUUGAGUCAGGGAAGGCGCAGCGGAGCAGAGCGACUCAUUGAGUUGCACUGGCUGACUUCCUCAAAUCUUAGACGUAGGCUUAUCUGGGAGCGUCAAUCUAAAUUGAUGUAAGUACUUAAAAGUAGUUAAAACUAUCUUUAUAGCGCCCAUGCAUUGUUGUAGUCCCGCCCCAUUCGUAAUUGCUUUGCCCCGAUUAGGUGCGUGCAACUGGUCAACCUCAACUACGCUGACGUCCAACUACUGUGGGUUACGAUAAUUCCUUGUGUUGUUCAGCACAUUCGGUCGGCGUAUUAACGUAAAGGCAAAGCAGAGGGCACUCGUGAUUCAGGUGCGGGAUUUUAUGAUGGAGAGCGUGAGUAGCCCUGAAUUAGCUGGUAGGGAUCGUUGCUCUUGCUUCUAGUUCUGGAGCUGAGGCCGUUGAUCGGCGUUGACUUUGCGGCCUCGCCGCUGUCCUAUAUCUAAGUCUAUGAUCGGCCACAAUAAGAACUACAGAGCAGCCGCCAGACUUCUGUAACCAGCGAGCGUUGUCGCCCACGCACCAGCCGCUUCCAAAGUAUGCGCUGAAUCUGCUCUCCCUUAGAUGUCUUUACUCUUUUGCGGCAUUACUGUUACUUACAAAGUAAUAUACUCAUCUGCGUCCUCUACAACUGACGUCAAGAUGGUCGGCGAGCUAUACUCUAAAAAGAGACGCGCUUCGGCCUGAGAUCAUAGAUGAUCGGUCGCAACACCUGAGCAAGAAAUGAGGAACAACAAAUCGGGAGAGUUUUUCAUCCGUGGUUCCGAUCCUCCGUGC